AUGAAGUUGUUCUGGGUCAUGUUCUGUGUGAUGGCGGUGUUGCAUCAGUCAGUGGGAUCACCGGUCAAAAGAGACUCUCCGCCAGGCUUGGAAAUAGCAAACGAAAUGGAAGAAAAGGGUGGAAACUUUGAAGGAGAUAUCGAACUCACCAGCGAUCAAGAGAAAGCUGUAAAAUACGGCUACACGGCAAUCAUUGGAGAGUCAUACAAGUGGCCGAACAACAUCGUACCUUACACGAUCGAUACUAGAGCUUUCUCUAUCAGCCAACAGAAUAGCAUUGUGUCUGCUAUCCAGCAGAUCGAGCUGGUAAGCUGUGUGCGGUUCAAGCCUCGAACGACGGAAACUGAUUACGUAAAAGUGAUGGGAGACCCAUCGGGUUGCUGGGCUAGUUUGGGUCACCGCGGUGGAGAACAAACGGUUAACCUAGAACCGUACGGUUGUAUGUCCCGUGGUACUAUCAUACACGAGUUCCUGCAUGCGCUCGGCUUCGUACACAUGCAGAGUGCGUCCGAUCGUGACUUCUAUGUAACGAUCAACUGGAGUGCAAUUCAGGCUGACAGGGCGUCCAACUUCGAUCGCUACAACUCGAACACGGUGGAAGACUUUGGCAUUCCGUACGAUUACGACAGCGUUAUGCACUAUGGGCCGACGGCAUUCUCCUACAAUGGACAGGCUACGAUCAUUCCCAAACAAUCGGGCGUCACUAUUGGGCAACGCGUGGGUCUUAGCUAUAAGGACAUCAAACGACUUAACUAUUUCUAUCCGAACUGUUACUAA